ACAAAAAAACGUAAAAACAAAAAUAAAUAAACAAGAAGGGUGGGAGGUGGCGACGCCAUAUCUGCGGUUCAAGUCCCAGAGGACGGGAGAGCCGGAGAGGUACACAGAGGAACAGAUCGUCGUGAGCUUGGAUGAAACAAAGCUGCAGGCAGUGAAUGAUCAUAUCCCUCCUUCCACUUGAGCUCAGCUGUUAAAACAUUGAAGGAAUACUUCGACCAGAAAUGCCGACUGCCCAGGAAUCCUCAGAAGUUGGAGCUUCCAGAUCUCCUGAUCAAAAUGAACCAUAUGGAAACAAUGAGCUAGAACUACUUUCAGUGUUCUGGAAUCAAGACUAUAGUUGCUUUGCUGCUGGUACAAGCUGUGGGUUUCGUAUUUACAAUUGUGAUCCUUUCAAGGAAACAUUUAGACGUGAACUGGGCAUUGGUGGAUUUAAAAUUGUUGAGAUGCUGUUUCGGUGCAACAUUUUGGCACUCGUGGGCAGUGGAACUAAUUCUCAAUAUCCACCAAACAAAGUUUUGAUUUGGGAUGAUUAUAAAAGUCAAUGCAUUGGUGAAUUUUCAUUUAGGUCUGAGAUUCGAGCUGUAAAGCUGAAACGUGAACACUUUGUUGUCGUACUUGAGCAUAAAAUAUAUGUUUACACACUGAUGGAUGUCAAGCUUCUUCAUCAGAUUGAGACUGUUGCAAAUCCAAAGGGCAUAUGUUGCCUUUCCCACCAUGUAAAUACAUUUGUGCUGGCAUGUCCUGGUGUUCAACGUGGACAGGUGCACGUUGAGCACUUUGGGCUAAAUGUGACAAAGUUAUUUAAUGCGCAUGAUUCUCAUAUUGCAUGCUUGACGUUGACAAUGGAUGGUCUACUUCUUGCAACUGCCAGCACCAAGGGUACUUUGAUACGAAUUUUCAAUACAUUGGAUGGAACUCUCUUGCAAGAGGUACGAAGAGGAAUGGACAGAGCAGAAAUCUUCAGUCUUGCUCUGUCCCCAAAUGUCCAAUGGUUGGCAGCAGCAAGUGAUAAAGGCACUGUUCAUGUUUUUAGCCUUAGAGUUAGAGUGGUUGGCCCAGAUCCAUCCCCUGAUACAAAUGUAAUUCAGGGACCCACACUAUUCCAGCAGACUCCUUCUACUUCCCUUGAUACCCUCGUUCCUUUGAAUACUGGUUCAAACCCAAGUUCAUCAUUAUCGUUCAUGAGAGGGGUUUUACCGAGAUACUUCAGUUCAGAAUGGUCAUUCGCGCAGUUCCAUUUGCCAGAGGUGACACAGUUUAUUGCAGCAUUUGGAUCUCAAAACACGAUCAUUGUCGUCGGCAUGGAUGGGAGUUUCUACAAGUGCAGUUUUGAUCCAGUGCGAGGAGGACAAAUGUUGCAGCAGGAAUGCAUCCGUUUUUUGAAAAUGGAAGUAGGAGCCGAUCGAAUUGAUCUAUAGGCUAUGGCCAGUAGAUUCUCUUCCCUUGUAAAUAGUAGCCUUCACUUCUGUGAAUAUAACAAUAAUUAUUUGGAAGGGCUGCAUUUCCAUCUUGCCAUUUGCUUAGAUAAUAAAAGAUGAAUAUGGUAACUGCAGAAUUUACAGUUGGUGAUUGCUGAAUAGAAACUUAUGAUUCUUUUGGCUGCUUCAAUUCGUACUUUAUAGAGAGAUUUUUUCAGGC